AUGGUGAGACUGGUAUAACUCUUCAGUCAGCUUGCCAGCAUCAAAGAGAAGUAUUUCCUCAGAAAUAGGAUUGCUGAAGAAAACAGACAGAGAGAGAAUCAGGAUGCAGUCCAAAUUUAGAGCUGGUUUAGAGGAUGCCCAGUAAGAGCAUACAUCAGACAUCUGCAUAAGAAUACAACACUGAUACAGAAAAUAUGGCACGGUUUCACUGCACGAGAGCUGUUCAGACAAAGGGUAAAGACAGCAUAUUUUAUCAUGAAGAUGAAUUUCUACAAUAAGAUGGCUGUCAAGAUACAGCAGAGAUGGCAGAGCUAUUAUGUUAGGAAGUACAUACACAAUUAUUAUGCACGCAAGAGAUAUUUGGAAGGAUUGGCGAGGAAGAAUUAACUAAUCAGGAAAAAUCUGGUGGAAUUUGCAGUGCUCCAGAGAAAAGAGCAAGAAUGGAUUGCACUAGAGAAAGAGGAACAGGAGAAAAACAUCCAGGUUCAAAGACUCCACUUCCUCCUGAGUACUAUACAAUGUCCAGACGUUUUCAACUCGCCGUUCAGGGCAGAACCAGAUGUGAUGGAGCUCAGACUGUGGAGAGUGAAAUCGCAAUCGGCUCCUAAAGAGAGGAAGAUCCCUAAAAUGACUGAUUUCUCCAACCUGAGACCAAACAGAGAACGUUUACCACCCAGACACAAAAAGCCACAGGGGCCCUUUCGCCCAGCUCUGGAGGUGCUGCAGCAGAGGCACCGGCCCCUGGAGCCAAGCCUGCGCGUGGCCACAUCCAUCAUUGCCCUGGAAGAGGCCAGAGAGGAGCUCAAACAGCAGGAGUGGAGGACUCGCGUCAUCGACCAGACAUAAGUUACACACACAUGCUCUAUGUGCAUGCUUGUACACAUCUAUAGAAGCUGCACAUGUAGUAUUGAUUUUAGACUGAAUACAGUCAAUGAAGAUACAGUUUACUGUAGCGUUAAUCAGUAUGUAACUUCAAAUCUACCUGUAAAUCUACCUCAGAAUAUCUAAGAUAUAUUUAAAUUUUAAUAUUAACAAGUGAUAGAUUGAUAUAUCAGUCUAGCCAAUUAAUUGGAUGAUAUUUGGCAAUUUUGAGAUUGUCGGCCAAUGAUUCUGCCUGCUUUGCUGAUUAACAAUACUAGUUUCUCUUUGUGUUACUAGAUUCAG